GCGGUCACUACCGUACAGCGACAGGGCCGCUGUAUGGAAGCGUUUGCCGGCAAGCUGUUCGAGCGCAAUGAGUUCUUCUGUGCGAUAACGCCCGUCUGCAGCGGAAGCGGUGGCAGUGGGUUCUACGUGGAGCAGAAGGAUCGUUACUAUCUGCGUGGGAUGACAACGUUCGGCAUUGCGCCGAAGGGUUUCUAUCAGUGCGGAGUCAACACGCUGACGGGACUGCUCAACGUUGCCCGGUACAGCGGAUGGAUCCAGCAACAGCUGCAGCUGUUUGCGGAGGCGACAACGAACUCAACUGGCGGCGUUGCACCCAUUCCAGAUGCGUCGGAUAAUCGGAAUCAACAACCGACGAAACCCGUCAUAUAAACCGA